UGAGGGUGGGAGUGGGUGGGGCAGGCGCGAGCAGCAGUGCUAAAGGAGCCCGGCGGAGGCAGCGGUGGGUUUGGAAUUGAGACGCUGGAUCUGUGGUCGCUGCUGGGGACGUGUGCCGGCGCCACCAUCUUCGACUGAAGAGGCAAUUACUUUUGGGUCCUUCUGUUUACAAUGGCCCAGAGAACUGGACUGGAGGAUCCCGAGAGGUAUCUCUUUGUGGACAGGGCUGUCAUCUACAACCCUGCCACUCAAGCUGACUGGACAGCUAAAAAGCUGGUGUGGAUUCCAUCGGAACGCCAUGGUUUUGAGGCAGCUAGUAUUAAAGAAGAGCGGGGCGAUGAAGUUAUGGUGGAGCUGGCAGAGAACGGGAAGAAAGCAAUGGUCAACAAAGAUGACAUUCAGAAGAUGAACCCACCAAAGUUCUCCAAGGUGGAGGAUAUGGCAGAGCUGACCUGCUUGAACGAAGCCUCUGUCUUACAUAAUCUGAAGGACCGCUACUAUUCAGGACUUAUCUACACUUACUCUGGACUCUUCUGUGUGGUGAUAAAUCCUUACAAGAACCUUCCAAUUUACUCUGAGAAUAUUAUUGAAAUGUAUAGAGGGAAGAAACGCCAUGAGAUGCCACCACACAUCUAUGCCAUAUCAGAGUCUGCUUACAGAUGCAUGCUUCAAGAUCGUGAGGACCAGUCGAUUCUGUGCACGGGUGAAUCGGGUGCUGGGAAGACAGAAAAUACCAAGAAAGUCAUUCAGUACCUGGCCCACGUUGCUUCUUCUCACAAAGGAAGAAAGGACCACAAUAUUCCUCAGGAAUCGCCUAAGCCAGUGAAACCCCAGGGGGAACUUGAACGGCAGCUUUUACAAGCAAAUCCAAUUCUGGAAUCAUUUGGAAAUGCGAAGACUGUGAAAAAUGAUAACUCAUCUCGCUUUGGCAAGUUUAUCCGGAUCAACUUUGAUGUAACUGGCUAUAUUGUUGGGGCCAACAUUGAAACGUACCUUCUGGAAAAGUCUCGUGCUGUUCGUCAAGCUAAGGAUGAGCGUACGUUUCAUAUCUUUUAUCAGUUGCUCUCUGGCGCAGGGGAGCACCUGAAAUGUGAGUAUUGGGCAAUGCUUAAAGUCGUAUCUUCAGUGCUGCAGUUUGGAAACAUCUCUUUCAAAAAGGAGAGAAACACUGACCAAGCCUCCAUGCCAGAGAACACGGUCGCACAGAAGCUCUGCCACCUGCUCGGGAUGAAUGUGAUGGAGUUCACUCGGGCUAUCCUCACGCCCAGGAUCAAGGUUGGCCGAGAUUACGUACAGAAAGCCCAGACCAAAGAGCAGGCUGAUUUUGCAGUGGAAGCAUUGGCAAAAGCUACCUAUGAGCGGUUGUUUCGCUGGCUCGUUCACCGCAUCAAUAAAGCGCUGGAUAGGACCAAACGUCAGGGAGCUUCCUUCAUUGGGAUCCUGGAUAUUGCUGGUUUUGAAAUUUUUGAGCUGAACUCCUUCGAGCAGCUGUGCAUCAACUACACCAACGAGAAGCUGCAGCAGCUGUUCAACCACACCAUGUUCAUCCUGGAGCAGGAGGAGUACCAGCGAGAGGGCAUCGAGUGGAACUUCAUCGACUUCGGCCUGGACCUGCAGCCCUGCAUCGACCUCAUAGAGAGACCCGCCAAUCCCCCUGGCGUGCUGGCCCUCCUGGAUGAAGAAUGCUGGUUCCCCAAAGCUACAGAUAAAACAUUUGUUGAAAAGCUGGUUCAGGAGCAAGGUUCCCACUCCAAGUUUCAGAAGCCGCGACAACUGAAAGACAAAGCUGACUUCUGCAUCAUCCACUACGCGGGCAAGGUGGACUAUAAGGCAGAUGAGUGGCUGAUGAAGAACAUGGACCCCCUGAAUGACAACGUGGCCACCCUCCUGCACCAGUCCUCGGACAGAUUUGUGGCUGAGCUUUGGAAGGACGUGGACCGAAUUGUAGGUCUGGAUCAAGUCACUGGGAUGACUGAGACCGCGUUUGGCUCUGCAUAUAAAACCAAGAAGGGCAUGUUCCGAACCGUCGGGCAGCUCUACAAGGAAUCUCUCACCAAGCUGAUGGCAACUCUCCGCAACACCAACCCCAACUUCGUCCGCUGCAUCAUUCCAAAUCACGAGAAGCGGGCUGGGAAACUGGACCCACACCUCGUCCUCGAUCAGCUUCGCUGUAACGGCGUCCUGGAAGGGAUCCGGAUCUGUCGCCAGGGGUUCCCCAACCGGAUAGUUUUCCAGGAAUUCAGACAGAGAUAUGAAAUCCUAACUCCCAAUGCUAUUCCUAAAGGCUUCAUGGAUGGCAAACAGGCCUGUGAGCGAAUGAUCCGAGCUUUAGAACUGGACCCAAACCUGUAUAGAAUUGGACAGAGCAAGAUAUUUUUCCGAGCUGGAGUUUUGGCGCACUUAGAAGAAGAAAGAGAUUUAAAAAUCACUGAUAUCAUCAUCUUUUUCCAAGCUGUAUGCAGAGGCUACCUAGCCAGAAAGGCCUUUGCCAAGAAACAGCAACAACUAAGUGCCUUAAAGGUCUUGCAGCGGAACUGUGCGGCGUACCUGAAGCUGCGACACUGGCAGUGGUGGCGUGUCUUCACGAAGGUGAAGCCUCUCCUCCAAGUGACCCGCCAGGAGGAAGAACUCCAGGCAAAAGAUGAGGAGCUGCUGAAGGUGAAAGAGAAGCAGACAAAAGUGGAAGGGGAGCUUGAGGAGAUGGAGCGGAAGCACCAGCAGCUGCUGGAAGAGAAGAAUAUCCUGGCAGAACAACUGCAAGCCGAGACCGAGCUCUUCGCUGAAGCAGAAGAGAUGAGAGCGAGACUUGCUGCCAAAAAGCAGGAACUGGAGGAGAUUCUCCACGACCUGGAGUCCAGGGUGGAGGAGGAGGAAGAGCGGAACCAGAUCCUACAGAAUGAGAAGAAGAAGAUGCAGGCGCACAUUCAGGACCUAGAAGAACAACUGGAUGAGGAGGAGGGGGCCCGGCAAAAGCUGCAGCUGGAGAAGGUGACGGCAGAGGCUAAAAUCAAGAAGAUGGAAGAGGAGGUUCUGCUUCUCGAAGACCAGAAUUCCAAAUUUAUCAAAGAAAAGAAACUCAUGGAAGACCGAAUUGCUGAGUGUUCCUCUCAGCUGGCUGAAGAGGAAGAAAAGGCAAAAAACUUAGCCAAAAUCAGGAAUAAGCAAGAAGUGAUGAUCUCGGACUUAGAAGAACGCUUGAAGAAGGAGGAGAAAACUCGACAGGAACUGGAAAAGGCCAAACGGAAGCUGGAUGGGGAAACAACCGAUCUGCAGGACCAGAUCGCUGAGCUGCAGGCACAGGUCGAUGAGCUCAAAGUCCAGUUGACCAAGAAGGAGGAGGAGCUUCAGGGGGCGCUGGCCAGAGGAGAUGAUGAGACACUGCACAAGAAUAAUGCACUUAAAGUUGCACGGGAGCUGCAGGCCCAAAUCGCUGAGCUCCAGGAAGACUUUGAGUCUGAAAAGGCUUCAAGGAACAAGGCUGAGAAACAAAAACGGGACUUGAGUGAGGAGCUGGAGGCUCUGAAGACAGAGCUGGAGGACACCCUAGACACCACAGCAGCUCAGCAGGAACUCCGCACAAAACGUGAGCAGGAAGUGGCAGAGCUGAAGAAGGCUCUUGAGGAUGAAACUAAGAACCACGAAGCUCAGAUCCAGGACAUGAGACAGAGGCACGCCACGGCGCUGGAGGAGCUUUCCGAGCAGCUGGAGCAAGCGAAAAGGUUCAAAGCCAACCUGGAGAAGAACAAACAGGGCCUGGAGACAGACAACAAGGAGCUGGCGUGUGAGGUGAAGGUGCUGCAGCAGGUGAAGGCGGAGUCAGAGCACAAGAGGAAGAAGCUGGAUGCCCAGGUCCAGGAGCUCCACGCCAAGGUGUCAGAGGGUGACAGGCUCAGGGUAGAGCUGGCCGAGAAAGCAAACAAGCUACAGAAUGAGCUGGAUAAUGUCUCAACCCUGCUGGAAGAAGCUGAGAAGAAAGGUAUUAAGUUUGCUAAGGAUGCAGCUGGUCUUGAGUCUCAACUACAGGACACACAGGAGCUCCUUCAGGAGGAGACCCGGCAGAAACUGAACCUGAGCAGUCGGAUCCGGCAGCUGGAGGAGGAGAAGAACAGCCUUCAGGAGCAGCAGGAGGAGGAGGAGGAGGCCAGGAAGAACCUGGAGAAGCAGGUGUUGGCUCUGCAGUCCCAGCUGGCUGACACCAAGAAGAAAGUGGACGACGACCUGGGGACAAUUGAGAGUUUGGAGGAAGCCAAAAAGAAGCUGCUCAAGGAUGUGGAGGCGCUGAGCCAGCGGCUGGAGGAGAAGGUCCUGGCGUAUGACAAGCUGGAGAAGACCAAGAACCGGCUGCAACAGGAACUGGAUGACCUGACGGUGGACCUGGACCACCAGCGCCAGAUCGUCUCCAACUUGGAGAAGAAACAGAAAAAGUUCGACCAGCUGUUGGCAGAAGAGAAGGGCAUCUCUGCUCGCUAUGCAGAAGAGCGGGACCGGGCUGAAGCCGAGGCCAGAGAGAAAGAAACCAAAGCGCUCUCCCUGGCGCGGGCCCUUGAGGAGGCCUUGGAGGCGAAGGAGGAAUUCGAGAGGCAGAACAAGCAGCUUCGAGCAGACAUGGAAGACCUGAUGAGCUCUAAAGACGAUGUGGGGAAGAACGUCCACGAGCUUGAGAAAUCCAAGCGAGCCUUGGAGCAGCAGGUGGAGGAGAUGCGGACCCAGCUGGAGGAGCUGGAGGACGAGCUGCAGGCCACUGAGGACGCCAAGCUCCGCCUGGAAGUCAACAUGCAGGCCAUGAAGGCCCAGUUUGAGAGGGACCUGCAAACCCGAGAUGAGCAGAAUGAAGAAAAGAAGCGGCUGCUGCUUAAGCAGGUGCGGGAGCUCGAGGCAGAGCUGGAGGAUGAGCGGAAACAGCGGGCACUGGCUGUGGCGUCAAAGAAGAAGAUGGAGAUAGACCUGAAGGACCUGGAGGCUCAGAUCGAGGCUGCAAACAAAGCCCGGGAUGAAGUGAUCAAGCAGCUUCGCAAACUUCAGGCACAGAUGAAGGACUACCAGCGUGAACUAGAAGAGGCUCGCGCAUCUAGAGAUGAGAUUUUUGCUCAAUCCAAAGAGAGUGAAAAGAAACUGAAGAGUCUAGAAGCAGAAAUUCUGCAGCUGCAAGAGGAGCUGGCCUCAUCCGAGCGAGCCCGCCGACACGCAGAGCAGGAGCGAGAUGAGCUGGCUGAUGAGAUCGCCAACAGCGCCUCUGGAAAGUCUGCACUGUUGGAUGAGAAGCGGCGCCUGGAAGCGCGGAUCGCACAGCUGGAGGAGGAGCUGGAGGAGGAGCAGAGCAACAUGGAGCUGCUCAAUGACCGCUUCCGCAAGACCACGCUGCAGGUGGACACACUGAACACAGAGCUGGCGGCGGAGCGCAGCGCUGCCCAGAAGAGUGACAAUGCCCGCCAGCAGCUGGAGCGACAAAACAAGGAGCUGAAGGCCAAGCUGCAGGAGCUGGAGGGGGCAGUCAAGUCCAAAUUCAAGGCCACCAUCUCAGCCCUGGAAGCCAAGAUUGGGCAGCUGGAGGAGCAGCUUGAGCAGGAAGCCAAGGAGCGAGCAGCUGCCAACAAACUAGUCCGUCGAACAGAGAAGAAACUGAAAGAAAUCUUCAUGCAGGUUGAAGACGAGCGUCGGCAUGCGGAUCAGUAUAAGGAGCAGAUGGAGAAGGCUAACGCCAGGAUGAAGCAGCUUAAACGCCAGCUGGAAGAGGCUGAGGAAGAGGCCACACGUGCCAACGCAUCUCGGCGUAAACUCCAAAGGGAGCUGGACGACGCCACUGAGGCCAAUGAGGGCCUGAGCCGCGAGGUCAGCACUCUCAAGAACAGGCUCAGGCGGGGCGGUCCAAUCAGCUUUUCUUCAAGCCGAUCUGGCCGGCGCCAGCUGCACAUUGAGGGGGCAUCGCUAGAGCUGUCAGAUGACGACACAGAAAGUAAGACCAGUGAUGUCAAUGACACACAGCCACCCCAAUCUGAAUAGGCACAGGAGGUCAUAGGUGAUGCUGAGGACAGGCCAGAACUCAUCCCAGCACCAGUCUGCUUGAGCCCUGCACUCACUGCUCGGGAAUGGCAAGCUCCCAGAUUCCUUCCAGGAAAGUCAACUGUGUCUUAAGGCUUUGCGGCCUGCGCAGACUAUAUCCUGCUUCAGACUAGGUACAAUUGCCCCUUUUUAUAUAUACACCUCCACAACACAUGCGUAUUAAACAGAUUGUCUCAUCGUUGCAUCUAUUUUCCAUGUAUUCAUCAAGAGACCAUUUUAUGACACAUUAAGAAGAAAGAACCUUUUUGAAACAAACUCCAGGCCCUUUGUUGCCAGUGGCUGGGCCUGAGGGUUGCCCCCGGACUGUGCUCAGCUGCUCUGCAUGCCCUGUCCUACUGACAGGUACCUACCUUAGUUCUGUGUUCAUGUGGCCCUGACCCUUCCUUCAACCACACCUGUUCUCUUAGAACAUUGUGAACCUAACCUGCACUUGUGUCUCUCAUUUCCUGUGAAUAGUGAUCACUGUCUCCGUGAGCAAACUGGGAGAGGGGCUUUGGCGGCUUAGGGGUGGGUUUGGAUUGGGGAAGCAGCAUCCAUUUGGGGUUCUCCUGCCCAUCUCCCAAAGGGUGACCCUGCCCCUCAAAUUUAUGGUGUCCCCACCAUCUCAAUGUGAAUAGUCUCAGAGCUCUGUGCACAGAGAGGACAGUGGCCACAACAUAUAAGGUGCCCCGGGUGGCAGCCAUCACAGUAACUUCCAGGUGGUCUCCUGAGUGUCUGGCUUGAUGAUGCCCUCAAUUCAGGAGUGAGCCUCUGUGACCCUUGGGGUGCUCGCAGAAGGCCUCUCGCCAAGCAGUCAAGCCCUCUUGCAAAUUCAGCCACUGCUUUGAGCCCAAAACGGGAAUAUUAGUUUUGUGUCGGAGGUGUGUUCCAAGUUUGUCAAUGAGGCUAUAGCCUCAAGAAGAUGCCAUCUGCCUGAAUGUUGACAUGCCAGCGGGCGUGUGACCCUUCAUUUUCCCCUUUCCCUUCCUUUGGACAGUGUUACAAUGAACACUUAGCAUUCUGUUUUUGGUUGAUAGUUGAGCAAACUGACAUUACAGAAAGUGCCUUAGACACUACAGUACUAAGACAAUGUUAAAUAUAUUAUUUGCCUCUAUAACAACUUAAUGUAUUAAGUUCUGACUGUGCUUCAUAUCAUGUACCUCUCUAGUGAAGUAGAUAAGCAAACAUUCAGUGACAGCAAAUCAGUGUUAAUGACAAGCCCCGACCGUGGCGAUGUGCUGGAAAACACGGACCUUUUGGGUUAAAAGCUUUAACAUCUGUGAGGAAGAACUGGUCACAUGGGUUUGGAAUCUUUGAUUUCCCCUGUAUGAAUUGUACUGGCUGUUGACCACCAGACACCUGACUGCAAAUAUCUUUUCUUGUACUCCCAUAUUUCUAGACAAUGAUUUUUGUAAGACAAUAAAUUUAUUCAUUAUAGAUAUUUGCGCCUGCUCUGUUUACUUGGAGGAAAAAGCACCCGUUGAGAACAAACAGACCUCAAUAAACAAGAAUAAUCAUGUGA